AUGGGAACAAAUAAAAAUGCCAAUACUCUUAAUCGAAAAUUACUAAAGAGGAGCUGGACGAUUGAUAUCGACCCACUAUAAAAACCAAAUAAGUAAAGAGGUCUAAAAUCAAAAGUAAAAUUACUUUUAUUUUGUCUAUGUGGCUACAUAUAAGCUGAUUGUAAUAGAUAUUAGGUACAUAAAAAAGUAAUAAUAUCUUAUCUUUUUGUCAAAUUUUUUGGUAAUCACAAGGAUUCCCAAGAUAAACACACCAGAAACUGCUAAAGAAAUAAUCAAAAAAACAUGCUAGCCAUCAAUCAAAUAAAGGAUAAAAAAGUAAAAGCAUAAAAGCAUAAUGACUAUUUCUAUAAUGCGAAAGUAGUGAAGUCUGUAUUUGCUCAUCUCCAUUUCAUAUAAAUCUUCAAAUUCUUGGUUGGAGAAAGUCAAGGUCCAUCGAUUAAAUUGUAAUUUAUUCAUAAAUAUAUCUACUUUGGGAAGAAUUUAACAUUAAAUGCCGAAGCAUUUCUGUUAAUUUUUGUACUCUUAAGUGAAAUUUCGAGUGAAUUCUCAUAUUUUCAAAUCCUUUUCACUUUACUUUUUCUUCAAAAAAGAGUUAAUUUCAAACCAAUAAAAUUACUUAAUAUAACAGAAUAAGUUCAUUAGGAUAAUAGACCAUAUUGUUACUAUGUUACAUUAAAUGUAUGA